AUGGACAGUCUGGCGAGGAAUCAGAUUGGCGAUGCUGGAGCGCAGGCGAUCACUGAGGCACUUCAAGCUGCCAAAGAUGCGCAGUCGAUUGCCGCCCCCCGUCAAGCGGUCCCACCGCCUCCGCCACCACCGGCCGCUGGCCCGCCGCCACCGCCACCGGCUGCUGGUCCUCCCCCGCCUCCACCAGUGGCUGGACCUCCUCCGCCGCCCCCGGCUGCACCGAAGGCUGCUGCUCCGCCACCGCCGCCACCAGCUGCCCCUGCGACCCCAGCUGCCGCUCCUGCUGCUGCUGCCGCGGCUGCUGCUGCCCCAGCUCCGAAAGAAGACGACGCCGUGCGCCCCUUCCCGCCGCCCGCAGGUCCCAGCGUCGCCUAUGCUCGCCAGGCAGUGCCCAUUCGUAUUCGCCUGCGCAAGGAGGUGUUUGCGCCGUCCGACAAGCUGGAGAACGGCGUCGCGCUGAGCUUGAUCUUCCAACAGGUUGUUCGAGACGUCCUGAGCGGCAAGUGCCCUCGCUUGACACCCGACGAGCAGACGGCCGCGUCCGCGCUGCUGGCCGAGCACAAGAUUUCGACACCUUCGGCCAGCGUGUCUGAGGAUGUCCGCCGAAAGGUCGUCGAGGCUGCUCGCGGCUGGACCAUGUACUUUUACCGCAUGUUCCCGACCUCUGGCGGCUCGCAGAUGCUUGGUGUGGGUCAGGGUGGUGUUCGCGUCGUCACGCGCGCCUCUGCCCAAGGCGAGCGUCACGCAAUCUCCGCCUCGUACUCGUUCAACGACCUUGGCGACUUUGCCACCGACAAGGACAAGCUCAAGCUCGAUCUUGCCGGCAAGCCCAGCACCUUCCAGUUCUCGUCGGCCGCCCAAGCGUCGCGCGCCCACCGAGUUGUCGAGGCAAACAACAUUGGCAGCAUGACCAAUGCCAAGUACGUGCUUGCUGUUCGUGAUUACAUUACGCGCGACCAGACUCUGCUGUCAUUCAAGUCGGGCGCUGUCAUCAAGCUCUUCGACAAGGAAGGCGACGAAGACAAGGAAGAGUGGUACUUUGGUGCGUUGGACACGAAGAGUGGUUGGUUCCCUCAAGAGAACGUCAUCGCCAUCAUUGGUGAGCCCACCCCUCAGGCCAUCGAGCACGCCAAGCAAGAGUCGCUCAAGCGCGGCCUGCCUGCCGAGGCGCCUCCGACGCCCGCAACCCCUGCUGACGGCGAGGGCAGCUCUGCGCCCCUCCCGCCUGCGCCCGGUGGCUCUGCGUCUGCCUCUGCCUCUUCUUCGGCCUCGACUUCGUCCUCUGCCUCCGCGGGUACGGCUCCAGCAGCCUCCAAGGCAGCUGAAGCUCAAAAGAAGAUCACCCUCAUGAACCCGGCCUACAUGCCCGACGUUGACAAGCCGAUGCCCUCUGGCAAGUUCUCCAUGAUGGAGUUUGCCAAAGAAUUCUUCCGUUAUGACAUGGAAAAGUACGAGAUGCAACGCACUCUCAAGGGAACCCCUCGCGGCACCGUCAAGCUGAUUGGCACCAUCAAGGGCACCAUUGGCCGUCGCAGCAAGUCCAAGGAUGGCCCCAUUGCGUCCAACCCCGAAUGGACGUGGACGGAGCUGGCUGGCCUCGUCAAGUACUCCAAGACGCCCAUCCAGGCCUCGCUCAUGAAGAUUGACAUUGCCGACACCGUCCGCAACAAGUUGGCACUCGAGAGCUUUAUCAACAUUAUGCGCUGGAUGGGAGACUAUCCGGCCAAGAAGGCGACCGACAUUGAGAUUGCUCACUGGAUGCUGCGCGUCGGCCUCGAGAACGAGCAACUGCGCGACGAGUUUUACUGCCAGCUCAUCAAGCAGGUCACCAACAACAAGAGCCCGAAGGCAGACAGCGCCACUCGCGGCUGGUACUUGCUGCUCCUCUUGUGCGCCUACCUCAAGCCCACGGAUGGCUUUGAGCCGUACCUGCGCUCGUUCAUCCAUUCCGUGUCGUCCGACUCGCAGCGCGAGCACUCUGCCAUUGCCGCGCUCGCCAACCGCUAUCUGCUCAAGACCAUCAAGUAUGGCGGCCGCAAGGUUGUGCCCGACCAGCCCGAGUUGGAAGCUCUCUGCCAAGGCAAGAACACCAAGAUCCAAAAGGUCUACCUGCCUGGUGACGCGACCAAGUCGAUCAAGGUGAACGCGUGCUCGCUUGUGAAGGACAUUAUCAUUGACAUUUGCUCCAAGAUGGAUGUUCCCUACUGCGACGAGUACGGUGUGUACGUCUACACCAGCGCCGACCAAAGCACUCCCCUGCAGCCGUUCGACUACAUUCUCGACACGACCACCAUUCUCGAGCGCCGCAAGGUUCCGUACCGGCUGUACGUCAAGAAGACGCUGUGGUUUGCCCCAAUCAAGCUGUCGAACGACUUGCACAACAGCUUGCUCUACGACCAGGCCAUUCCGGAGCUGCUCAACAGCAACAUGCUGAACAUGACCACGGGCAACAUCAGUCCUUCCUUCCUCGAGAAGGACAUUGCUCUGCUCGCCGCGUUGCAGCACAAGGCGACCCCCAACGGCAUCAAGCUGCCAACGAUCGAUGUUUUGCAGCGAUGCAUCCCGCGCCCGCUCUUCCCGUUGCUCAAGCCGGAUGAGUGGACGAACGCGUGCACUGCGCAGUUCUCUGCUGUCGAGCACCUUGAUCCUUCGAUGGCCAAGCGCGUCUUCCUUGAGGUCAUCAUGAAGAUGUUCCCGCUUUAUGGCUCCAGCUUCUUCAAGAUUGAUUUCUGCUCGGAUUCGCGCGUCCAGGGCGAAUGCCAGCUGGCUAUCAACAAGAACGGCAUUGCUUUCCUCAACCCGUUGACCAAGGCAACUCUCCUCUCUUACACCUUCAACGAGAUUGUUUCCACUCGUCGCCUCGGCUCGCGCCAGGCAGGUGGCAAGCAGUACAUUGAUCUCAAGUGCGGCAACUUGAUGGUGCAAAAGGUUACCCGCUGCGAGACUAAGCAGGGCUUGGAGGUUGUCUCGCUUAUCACCGCGUAUAUUCAGAAGCACUUGGCUCAACAACAAGCCGAUGCCGAGUUGUAG